UCGCUACUGCAUGUUUUCCAGGAUUUCCAUAAUGGGUGAAUUUAGUGAGGGUCUGAAAGCAGAACUGAGCACCACCACAGCGGAUGAGCUGAGAACAUUUAUUGCCGAUAAGACCAAAGAGGCACAGGACAAGGAGCUCGCCAUGAGGGCUACUCUGGAGAACCUUAUACGGUUCCUUGCAGAGAUGGAGCAAUCCAGUAAGGCAAAGGUUGAGGAGUGGCAAAGAGAGAACGCGAGGAUUGAGGCAGCUAUACAGGCCGACCUCCGCAAUAUGGAGGAGAAUAUUCACCUGGACCAAAUAUUACUGACACGUUUAGCGACAACGCUGGCUGAGAAGGCAGAGAUGGAGAGACAGAAACUCUCAAGCCUACCUCUGGCGAAAGAACACCAGAGGAUAGUCUCUCUCCUGGAGAAGGAGUUUGACUAUGACUAUGACAGCAUUAUGUUAAACGAUCCAGAGCGUGCUAAAAGAGAGUCAGAGAACUGGACCAGAUGGACCCAAGAGAGAGUGGACAGCACCUUAAAAAUGGCGCUGACUGUUGCUGCCAUCAAACAAAAGUGGCUACAGCAGCUGAAGAGUCAGGCUGAAAAAUGGAUGGUGAUAAAUAUCACUUUUACCUACACAUCCCACCUAUACUUUUAUACCCAACAUGGUGGCAAACUGAGAAAAUGCUUUGUCUGUUUUCCUCAGGUGUCUGUUCCUCAGGUUUCAGACGGACCUGCUCAAGAGGUCAACGACACCCACAUUAAGCUGAGCCUUGAUGAUGGCCUCCAGUCUCUGAGCUUCAGCAGCCAGAAAGCUGAACAGGUCGUUGUUCAAAACCAGAUGCUCCAGGCGAAGAUUGAUGCAAAGUUUGACAAAAAGAUGGCACGUCUUGUGGCUGAGGCCAUUAAAAAGGAGGAGAAGAUCAGGGCUGCAGAGCUGAAGAAGAGGAGGCAGAUGGAGGAAAAGACAAGGAAAAAGCUGGAGGAAAUACAGAAGGCCGAGCUGAAGGAAAAGAAAAGGAGGGAGGCUAAGGAGAAAAAAGAGGCCGAAAAAAUGGAGAGGAGGCGAGCAAAAGAGGAGAGGGGCGAGACCACACAGCCCAGAUUUUGUUUCUGCUUCAGGAAAUCUUCCCGAGAAUCUUUACCAAGAAGUCCGUAGCACUGAUAAUGAAUAAAUAAUAUUUUUCAGUCCAAUAAAUGUAACCACCAUCUAUGUA